AGAAAAUCACACUUCUUUGAAAGAUGAUUAAAGUCAAUGUCCGGUUUGUUUUAGAAACGAAAUGCUUUACGUAAUGAUGAAAUGUUAUAGUAAGCAUUUGUUAGUUUGAUUCGUAAUAAAACGAAAUAAGUUAGGACAUGAUAACGUUAACGUAAAACUUGUUUAAAGUUCCUAAUAUUUUAGACUAAUAUCAAUAUUUUCAGUUUCAAAGAAAUGGCCGGCAGGGUACGUAUAGAAAUUGGAGGUCAGGUAUUCACAAUUCCCCGUGAAAGCCUGGAAAAGGGGCCAACAUCUCGCUUGCAGAAAAUGUACAGGUCAGCCUUUGCAUCUUAUAAAACAUGUGUGAUCGUCGAAGAAAGACCGCACGAAAUGUUUGCUGCAAUAUUAGCAAUGUAUCAAACUGGAGAACUGCAUAUACCAUUGACGUCAUGUCCGGGUGCUUUCAUGAACGAGUUGCAUUUCUGGGAAAUACCAGUGGAGUUACUUUCUCCUUGUUGUUACAACAGAAUGCAAAGUUUUUACGACGAACAACAAACACUUAAACAGUUCAAAGAUAGUUUAGAAGUAGAAACUUAUCCAGAAGCACCGCAAACUUCACGAUGUAGCCUACAUACAGCCCGUUUUAAGUUGUGGAACCUUGUAGAAUACAGAAAACCAUCGACGCCAGCUAGGGUCUAUUUCAUAUUGUCCCUUCUUAUGGUGCUGCUGUCGAUAUUCAUAUUGGCUGUAAAAACUGAUUCAAACUUCCAGAGGAGUAUGACUAAUUGCGAGCGUCUAGAAUACAUGACGUCUUACGGUAUGGAAAAUGUGGAAUUAAUUAGAGAGACAUUUGAAAAGCAUUGUGACGAGAAAAAUAUUCCCGAAGAACCUAAACCUUAUGCAUUUACAAAAAAAACCCGAUAAAAAGCCUCCUGAAGGUUUCAAGUAUAUUUUCGUCAAAUUGCCGGAUUACAAUAAAAGGUGGCGUUCAGGAGAAUAUGACAAUCGUACAAAAGCAAAUAAUUUUAUUGGUUCAGUUACUAGGAGUAAAUAUGUAUCAGUACCGAAUAUGAAAGUGACAAUAUAUACUUUGUCUUUACUAUAGUCUGUCCCAUCAAAUUUGAAUAUUCCAUUUUUUGUUUAAUAUAAUAGUAAAAUCAUUUAAAUUAAUGUCAUGUUAACCCUGAUGUCAAUAUCUCUAGGCAUGUUUUUCAUUUUUUUCAUAAAGUUAUUAUUAUGGUCGAAAUGUUAAAAUUAUAUUUUUCCCCGUUGACUUACGUUGUAAUCUGACGUGACGUCCAUUUCAAAAUGGCGGCGCCCAUAUAGACGUCAUUUAGGGUUCGUCUCACAAUUAGCGUGAAAUGUACUCGGUAAUUAUAAAAAAAUGAUUAUUCUUAUUUACUUACUGAUCAAUAGCUAAAUGUUCUCAUUAAAAUGAAAACAAAGUUGGUGUCAAAUAGACAAUUUUACUAGCAAACCAUUAUUUAAAAUAAUCAAAAUCAUUUGAAGUGAAAAUAUCAGUUACCGCUUUAUUAAUUCUAACACACAAAUAUUUCUAUAAUUACCAUGAUAUACUGUCGUAUUUUAUACUGUCGUAUUUUUAUAUUAUUUUUAAGAGAAAAAGAACAAUGAAGUGAUUUGAUUAGAUAGCUUUUCAAUCAAGCGCGUAUCUUGAAUACCGCGACGCGUCGAAUGGGAGCGGGAACACUAGCAAGAAGACUAUAAAAUGGUUAUUCGCUAAGUAAUGUUUAAUUUACAUAAUUCUGUAGUUGUCUGAAUUCUGUCCAUUAGUAUGAGUCACGUCUAUUCAAAAAUAAUUAAAAUUGACCAGGUUCGAUGAGAUACAAAAAUAUGUUACCCUUCUUAUUUCGGGUGCGAUGUUCGUGUGCUAAACCUUUCCUUCACAAGAAAUCGCCAACAAAUACUGCAUUAUCAUGCAAAUCUGACAAGAAAUAUAUAGAAAAGAGAACUGAUUCACUUUACGUUCAGCAUUGGUUUGCUUGUUACCACAGUGUCUACUUUAACAUACCCCCUCGCUAACGAGAGAACACAGAUUCGCGUCCGAGGAAAAUGUAAAUUAUAAGAAUAUGAUAUCAUGCUUUCUAGUUUGAGAAAUCAAACGUGGGCCUAUACACUUUAAGCUCGUAAAUUCAGAUUUAACUUGCCGUCUCACAAUUCAACAAAAUGUCCAGAAAUACCGGCAGUGAUUUGACAUUAUUAAGAAUAAGUUUGAAUUGGAGUGUUCAAUAAGCGACAAUAAGUGCGGUUUUUAUUGCAGACUCAAAGUGUUACAUAUAAUUAUUAUGUUAAUAUGAAGGGGAGGUCGAGUCAAAGAGAACCUCAAUAAUUUUAGCCUUCCUAAAUUUUGAAAAGAUUCAGUGAAAAACAAUAGAUCUAGCAUAUUUUUCGCGGCAGAAAAAAAAACGCGUAUUGUAUAUUUUGUAAAUUAAAGAGUAGGAUUUACAGAAGUCUUUAAUAAUAAGGGAUAGUAUGUAGGAAAAUCAUUUCUGAGAAAUAUAUAAAAUAGUUUAAAAACAUAAAAUGAAAACGAAUGUUAUAUGUAAUUAAAGAUUCAUGUCAUUAAGUGAGUUUAAAGUAUUUAAAUGUUAUCGAAAGUUUUAUUAUUAAUAUAUGAAUUGAAGGUGUCAUUUUUAUAGUUAAGUUGCAACAUUUGGGUCUACAAAAAUUAUUUGAAAUGCAAUCAAGGCAUAUUUAUCUCAACGCUUGAAAUUAUUUGUUUGAGGUUACAUUGGCCUAACCGCCCUCUGUCAAUGCCGCAACUGGAAGCGCGAGGCAUUUUUGUUACGUCAUAUAUUUCGUAAAUUGUUGUUGACGUAAUAAUGUUUUUCGUCAGGAAUCCAUUUUCAAGAGUUAUAAACAUUGUGAUGUUAACAACUAAAAUUGAUGGGCCGUUCUUGAAUUAUGGAUUUGGAACAUGCUGAAUUAUGAUAUGUUUCAUUUACAUAUUUCAUUUGCUAACCCAGAUAACUCCACAAAAUUAACAAUGUUUUGAUAAAGAGACGGAUUAACAGUUAAAAAAAUCUGGAUCGUCAUAAGUGUAGGAGUCAUGUCAUGCAGGAGUUUUGAAGCUACGGAACUGGAUAGAAACUUGCAAUGAAGGAAUCUUCAGAAUGCGAAUUUGUGGUGACGUGCAUAUAAAGAUCUAUUUCGAAAUUCAUAGGGAUUCUAUUCAGCUUAAAAGUAAGUGCAAUUUCUUUCCUACUCCGUGUGACUCGGUGUUCUUGUUGCUUAUUUUUCAUUUUUUAAAGUUUUCCAUCAUGCAUUGCAACUAAACUGUUACAUCUUGUAGAUCCAGCUUUGUAAAAUAAUCAUGAAACGACCCCGAGAACCUCAUGUAUAUUUUAGAAACAUAACACGUGCUUUCUCCCGUUUAUCUUCAAAUGAAGAGUACUUCGGCAAUGGCUACGGAAAAUAAACAACAGAGAUUUACCAUAGAGAAAUCAAAAUUUGCUUUCACAAGAAAAUUAGACACUUUAGAGAAAAAUCCUGAAAAAUCUCGAGGGUGACUUUUUUUUAGUUUACAAAAAUAUUUUAAUUUUUAUUCAACCUCGUUUUGUUAAUUCACACGAGGCAAAAGUUCAUUUCCAUUUUUAAUGGGACAGACUAUAGA